CAUCAUGCAGCAAUGUUGGUGUAUCUGCAGCGGAUGGAUAACAAGGGUGGAUUUUGUAUCUCUUAGGAGUGGUGUUCCACAUUGGUAUCCGAAACUCCUUGGUGUUAAAAGCUGGAAUUCGUUGAAAUGAUUCCACAACAAAUGGGAGCUCAGGGAAAAGGUCAUUUUGGAGCAUACAAACAGCUCCUAAGGGCCUUCCUCAGCAGUGAUCAGGAUGCAGCACAGCAGGUGUGCGUUUGGGGCAGGGCGGCUGAGCAGUGAAUGCUGAUGCAGGAGUUCGGUACAACUAUUCAGGCCGUGCAGCUGCUGGGCGAGCCCCAUUGCUUUCAGAGAGCAGCAGCUCUGUAGAACAGAGUCACACGUACACAUUCUCCUGACAGCACGCAAGCGUUGUAUGAAAUCGCCGUUACCAAAAUCCUGAGCAGAGCAGCGUGACGUUGGUUCGGCAGCAGAAAGCAGCGCCGGGGCGGGGCCAUUGGCCGCGGAGCCGCGAUGAUGAGCGGCGGUGGCGGCGGGUCCCCGGCGGGUCCCGGCCCGGCUCUGUCCGCCCGCGGCGCCCGCAUCGCCGCCGCUGAACCGGGGCUGCUGGACCGGGGCUUCAACCUCCACGUCGCCGACCCCUUCGACCAGCAGCGCAACCCCGAGGGCAUCGUGAACCUGGGGACCAGCGAGAACAGGCUGUGCUUUGAUCUGAUAGAGGACAGACUCACACGGCCUGACAUGGACUGUCUGGAGCCCGAUCUCUUCCAGUACCCUGACACACAGGGUGUGAGGAGCUUCAGAGAAGAAAUUGCCACGUUUCUGACUGACUAUGGCAGAGCCGCAAAAGAACUUAGACCAGAACAUAUCACUGUCAUGAACGGCUGCUGUGCUGUUUUUGCCGCUCUGUCAACUGUGCUGUGUGACCCUGGUGAUGGAUACCUGAUUCCAGCUCCUCACUAUGGUGGCAUCAAUUCAAAAAUGUGGCUGUAUGGUGGACUGCAGCCCGUGCACGUGCCCUUGUCCAGUGAGGUGACAAGCAAAGAAAGUCACCCUUUCCAGCUGACAGCUGAAAAACUAGAGGCUGCACUGCAGAGAGCUAAAAAGCAGGGCAUCAGAGUGAGAGUGUUAGUCCUCAUCAACCCUAACAACCCCUUAGGGGACAUUUACCCAGCACAGUUACUGAAGGAAUGCCUUGAGUUUGCACACAGACACGAAUUGCACGUGAUAAUGGAUGAAAUCUACAUGCUGUCUGUUUAUGAUGAUAUCACCUUCACCAGUGUUCUUAGCUUAGAUAGUUUACCAGAUCCUGAACGAACACAUUUUAUGUGGGGUUUUAGCAAGGAUUUUGGUAUGAGUGGAAUCAGAGUUGGGGUACUGUACACCAGAAACCACGCAGUUCAGAAAGCUGUGAAUCAACUGGCCGUCUUCCACAGCUGUCCUGGACCUGUUCAGCACGUUCUCACCCAGAUCCUUAAGGACAGAGAUUGGUUGGAUAAUGUGUUUCUUCCCACCAACAAGAAGAGACUUAAGGAAGCUCAGAAACUUCUUGUGGAUGGACUUGCAGACAUUGGGAUCCCUGUGCUGAGCAGCUCAGGAGGACUCUUUGUGUGGGCAGACUUCAGAAAAUUCUUAAAAUCACAGACAUUUGAAGCUGAACUUGAACUAUGGCAGAAGCUCCUUGAUAACAAACUCCUGAUUAGCCCUGGAAAAGCUUUUUAUUGUUAUGAACCUGGAUGGUUUAGACUGGUUUUCUCUGAUUCUGUAGAUAAGAUUUGUAUAUGCAUUGAGAGACUCCAGCAAACGCUGUGUAGUGAUGAUGCCAAGCCAGAGGUAAACAACACAUCUUCCACUGCAGACUCAUGCAGCCCAGAAAAGGAUUCUUCCAGCACACCUUCAAAUGCACCCCAAGAUGAUGCCUCCCAGCUAAAAAAUAUACUUGUUUUUUAAA